UAUUUAUUUAUUACAUGGUUUUUUCUGUUUCUUGGCUAUUCCUAGUCUACAAAAACCACUUCUCUUUCAAUUUCUUCUCUCUUUCUUGUUCACUCCUCUCAUUUCGGGCAGGACAGGCUCGGAGCGAAACCCUAGCUCUCUCACCUACAAUGAACUGCUCAAUCUCCGGCGAAGUGCCGGAAGAGCCCGUGGUUUCCAAGAAAUCUGGGCUGCUCUACGAGAAGCGGUUAAUCGAGAGGCACAUCUCCGAUUAUGGAAAAUGCCCAAUUACGGGGGAACCACUGACGCUGGAUGAUAUUGUUUCAAUCAAUACAGGCAAGAUAGUGAAGCCCAGGCCUCUACAGGCUGCAAGCAUACCCGGCAUGCUUGGAAUGUUCCAAAAUGAAUGGGAUGGUCUGAUGCUGUCCAAUUUUGCUUUGGAACAACAACUGCAUACAGCAAGACAAGAGCUAAGUCAUGCACUGUACCAGCAUGAUGCUGCUUGCCGCGUGAUUGCUAGACUUAAAAAAGAAAGGGAUGAAGCAAGGUCAUUACUUGCUCAGGCUGAUCGGCAGAUACCCAUGUCAACAUCAGUGGCAGUUACAGCAAAUACUCCUUCAAUUAGCAAUGGUAAAAGAGCUGCUGAGGAUGAAAAGUUGGGCCCUGGUGGAAAGAGAAUGCGUCCUGGAAUAUCUGCUGGUAUAAUUGCUGAGCUAACUGACUGUAAUGCGUCUCUCUCACAACAGCGUAAAAAACGGCAGAUACCUCCAACAGUGGCUACCAUUGAUGCUCUAGAGAGUUAUACUCAGAUUUCUAGUCAUCCACUUCACAAAACUAGCAAACCAGGCAUUGCAUCUCUUGAUAUCCUUUAUGAAAAGGACAUAAUUGCAACUGGAGGGCUGGACACAAAUGCUGUACUUUUUGAUCGACCAUCAGGACAGAUCUUAUCUACGCUCAGUGGUCAUUCCAAAAAGGUUACCAGUCUAAAAUUUGUUGCUCGGGGUGAUUUAUUCUUAACUGCCUCAGCAGACAAGACUGUGCGUGUGUGGCAAGAGUCUGAUGAUGGGAACUAUAACUGUAGGCACAUCUUGAAGGAUCAUACUGCCGAGGUGCAAGCUAUUACCGUCCAUGCGACGAAUAACUACUUUGUGACUGCUUCUCUUGAUAGCACAUGGUGCUUUUACGAGCUUUCUUCUGGAUUAUGUCUCACACAGGUAGUGGAUGCCUCAGAUUCUAACGGCUAUACAUCUGCAGCAUUUCAUCCUGAUGGCCUAAUUCUUGGAACAGGCACUUCAGAAGCUGUUGUUAAAAUUUGGGAUGUGAAAAGUCAGGCAAAUGUUGCCAGAUUUGAUGGACAUGUUGGGGCUGUAACUUCCAUAUCUUUCUCUGAAAAUGGCUACUUCCUAGCAACUGCAGCUCAUGAUGGUGUUAAGCUGUGGGAUCUACGUAAAUUAAGGAACUUCCGUACAUUUGCACCAUAUGAUUCAGAUACCCCAACAAACUCGGUGGAGUUUGACAAUAGUGGAUGUUACCUUGCAAUCGCUGGAUCAGAUAUAAGAGUUUACCAAGUUGCAAAUGUUAAAUCAGAAUGGAAUUGUAUCAAGACCAUACCUGAUUUAUCUGGCACAGGUAAAGCAACUUGUGCUAGAUUUGGGCCGGAUGCAAAAUAUAUGGCAGUUGGAUCAAUGGAUAGAAACCUCCGCAUUUUUGGCCUGCCUGGUGAGGAUGGUCCAUUAGAAUCAUAGAGCACCCUUCAAGUUGCCCUAUGCGGGAAGUGGAAUCUUGGUAUUUCCUGCAGUUCCUGUUACUGCUACUUGUAAUUCAUUGGCUGAACUGAACGGUAGAGAUUUCAUUAAUUAUAUAGUGUAGGCGCUAUUCUCGCAUUCCUCUCCAUUGAGCAAAGAGUACCCUUGAGCAUCCUGCAUCGUUCUUGUGAGGUGCGGUGUCAAACUGAGCUGAAAAUAGUCAACAUCUGUCGGCCCAUAAUCCCAUGUCAUCAUAAACUUUCUAAGCGCGUCUAAUCUCCUGUAUUAUCAUUUUUUUUCUAUAACUUUUGUUAAUGAGAUUUUACAUUAGCGUUUGAGUUGGCCAACAUUA